AUGGCAGGAAAGCCUCUGAAGAAGUCCUCCAUCCCAGGGGUGAGCAUCCGGCAGCUGGUGGAGGAGAUUCCUGAGGGCUGCAGCACACCAGACUUCCAGCAGAAGCCCAUCACCCUGGCUCUGCAGGAGGGGAGAAAUGCCAUCUUUCGGGCUGUGGUCUGCGGGGAGCCCAGACCCGAGGUGCACUGGCAGAGCUCCAGAGGUGACCUCAGUAACUCCAGCAAGUACCAGAUCUCCUCGGCCCCUGGCAGCAAGGAGCACGUGCUGCAGAUCAACAAGCUGACGGGCGAGGACACGGACCUGUACCGCUGCACAGCGGUGAAUAUGUACGGGGAGGCCACGUGCUCUGCAAGGCUCACGGUCAUCGAAGUUGGUUUUCGGAAGAACCGGAAGAGACACAAGGAACCCCAAGAAGACCUCAGGAAGGAGCUGAUGGACUUCCGGAAGAUGCUGAAAAAGAGGGCUCCGCCUCCAGCCCCCGAGAAGAAGAUGGACCCAGAGCAGGUGUGGCAGCUGCUGAUGACGGCAGACCGGAAGGACUACGAGCAGAUCUGCAUGAAGUACGGCAUCGUGGACUACCGCGGCAUGCUGCGCAAGCUGCAGGAGAUGAAGAAGGAGCGGGAGGACAAGAUGGCACAGUACGUCACCGCCAUCUCCAACUUGAGACACAUCAGGGUCACCAAGGAGGGGGUCGCCACGUUUGACCUGGAGCUGGAGCUCAAGAAUUCUGAGAGCAAGAUCUACCUGUAUAAGGACGGUGAAAUGAUCCCCUAUGGCUUCGACAACCAGACCAAGCACUGCCUGCGGCGGCUGGGGAAACGCUACAACUUCCAGAUCCUGGAUCUGAGGCCUGAGGACUCUGGCAUUUACCAGGUCAAGGUGGAGGACACCGUGGUCUUCUCCACAGAACUGGAGGCCAGCGCCAUCCCGCCCCGCGUGGUGGUCCCACUGGCCGAAGCCCGCUGUGAGGAGCAGGGUGAUGCGGUCUUCGAGUGCACCCUCUCCAACCCCUGUCCCAGUGCUAUCUGGCAUUUCCAGCGCCGGCCACUCCGGCCCAGCGACAAAUAUGAAGUAUCUGUGUCCCCUGAUGGGCUGACCCAUCGGCUGGUGGUGAAGGGGACCCGAUUUGCAGACAUGGGCCUCUAUUCUCUGGGCACUGGCCUCCACACUUCCAGCGCCUGGCUGGUAGUUGAAGCAGGAAGAGACAAAGACCUUCAGACCACAGGUGCUGACGGGCUGUCGCAGGGGCAAGGAGUCCAGGCCUCAGAAGCAGAUUCCAGGCGCAUCGGUUGUGGGGGAGAGACUUCCAGAGAACAGGGCCCCGUGGGGGGCUCCUUGGAGGGAGCUGACUGGACUUGUGGGCUCCAGGUCCCAGCCAGCCUGGGCAGGGGUAUUCCUGGCAGUCAUGGCAACUCCUUGAUGGGGGACGAAGGGGCAGCUGACUGUGCCAGGAGUCUGAGGAAGGAGGUGCUCACAGGCAUGGCCCGGGGGUGCCAGCAGGAGUGGGGUCUGGCCAUCGUGCCGGGUAUGGAGUUGACUCUGGGGUACCUGGAGCAGAGUCUGAGGAAGGAGGUGCUCACAGGCAUGGCCCGGGGGUGCCAGCAGGAGUGGGGUCUGGCCAUCGUGCCGGGUAUGGAGUUGACUCUGGGGUACCUGGAGCAGAGUCUGAGGAAGGGGGUGCUCACAGGCAUGGCUCAGGGGUGCAUGGGGGAGGGUGGCCUGGAGACAAAGAUCACCAUAGUCCUGCAGGAGGGACAUCCGGGAGGGUUGCAGUUCUCAAAAAUGGCACAGACAGCCCUGAUGGAGUGCCUGGGGGUGAAGCCUGGAGCUGGGAUGCACCCCAAGCACAAGGAGAAAUGGGCUCUGUGGGAGGGCAUCGUUCUGGUGGUGGUGUGGGGGGUCCUGGUGGUCUCGAGGCCUUGGGACCAGGGAUCUGGGGAAGUGUGGUCCAUGGAUGAAGCAGGACAGAGAAGAGACACAGGCGCUCCUGAGGGGAUGGGGUCAGGGUGCCACGCAGGUUAUAGGAAUGUUUCAGGGGACAGGGUGGGGUCAGGGUGCCACGCAGGUUAUGGGAAUGUUUCUGUGGAUUCUGGAAGGAGUCCAUUUGGAAGUGACAUAGGGUAUAAGAGUGGUUUGGAGGAUUCUGGAUGCAUUUUGUCAUGGAGUGAGGCAGGUGGUAGGGAUGGCUUGGGCGGUACUGGGGGAAUGGGGAUAGCGGGUGAAGGUGGUGAUAGGGGAGGCCCGGGUGGACCCAGGAAAGCAGGGUCAGAGCACGAGGCGGGCCAUGGAGAUGGACCGGGGGGGCUUGGAGUCCCAGGUUCAUUGGCAAGAAUGAAGCCUGAGGUUGGACCUGGAGGCCACAGAGCCAGGGGGCUCGGGGCAGGCCAUUGGGCGGGAUCAGAGCAUGGCACAAACUCUAAGGGUGGUCCUGAGCAGAGCAGAGGAGUGGGGCUUGUGGAUGGGGCAAGUCCAGGGGUGGCUGGAGUGGUGGGCAUUGCAGAUAGCAUGGCACUUGGGGACAGCCUCAGGAAUCUGGGGGCACUAGGGACCCAGGGAGGGUCACAGACUCCUUCAGAUGGGCCAGCCUCAGAGAACCCUCCUGGGGGCUACGGAACCUCCAGGCUCCCUGAGUCCACGAGGGCUGCUGUGUCUAGGGGGAAGUCGGGCCUCAGAGAGGGCCAAGAGGGUUCUGGCGUGCCAGGGUCUCCUAGGGGCAGGGGGACUCUCAGGGGGGAGGGUGGGUCUGCAGACCCAGCAGGGAGCAUGAGAACUUCUGGGUGUCUUGAUAGUAGGGGGACAGUGGAGGGUGAGACCUGGGUGGGGACAGAUGCUCCAGACUCUGGACAAGAAUGGGAUUUUGGGACAGCAGGCUCUGGGACAGCAGACAGGGCUAGGGUGGCUGGUCAGGGGCAGUGGGCACCUCAGGGAAGUGAGGGCUUCCCGCAGGGAGCUGGGAGGACAGGGGCAGGUUCAGGGAGAACAGCGGGGGCAGGCCAGGUGGUGGAAGGCAGCUCCACACCCGGGGGAAACGGCAAAUCAACAUCAGGGCCUGCCGAGCGGCAAGGGCUGAGCAACGCCUGGGCAUCCGGCGGGCAAGACCAGGGGUCGGGCCAAGGCAGCACAGGUGCUGGGAGCCAACCCCCCAGCUCCAGGGCCUCCCAGUCUCUGCAGGGGAAAGAGGCCACUUUCAGUGGGACCUACAGAAGGCCAGGGGGCUCAAGGGGCAGGAAGGCCGCACCAGGCCAGGAAGCAGUUGGUGAAUGGCAAAGUCCAAGUUCCCUGGACAGCGAAGGCUCGAGUUCUAGAAGGGACAGACCUGAGGACACAGAACUCGCAAGUGUUCUGGGCAAGGAGGAUUCUGCUGAGUUGGGGAAUGGCCUCACGCCAGCACCUGGGAAAUCAGGAGUUCGGAGACCCUGGAGUGGCCAAGAUGGUCCGCUGGGCAGAAAAAGCUCUGGAGACAGAUCAGGGGAGAGCUCGGGCCUGGCUUCUCAGCUUGGCACAGGACAGAAAGGAGCAAGGGGGUUCCCUGGGAAGCAGGGGUCUCUGGGAGCUGAGCGUAGCAAGGCCCAAGGUCCUGGGGCCCUGCAGGAAUGUGGCAGGUGGGGAACAGAAGAGUCUGGAGGGCCAGGUGGGAGCCCUGGCCCACGUAGCUGCAGCUCUCAGGCACGGGCAGGGGCGAGUGCUGAGGCAGUGAGAAGAGAAAGAGCAGGGGAGGCCAGCAGGGAGAACAGAGGGUCCCCGGGGGAAACUCCAGGCGAAGACUGGAACCCGGAGCCCCUGUGUCGCCCUGGCAGCAGAAGUAGCAAAGGGCACAGGCCAGACAUCUCUGGCCAGGGGAGGGAUCUCACCCGGCAUCCUGGAUCCAGAUACAAGCCCGGCGCUGGCAGUUUCUCCAAGGAGGCUCGAGGCCCUGUGGGCCACUUCUCCCAGGGCCUGGCUGACACGGAGGUCCAGCACGGGGAGGCUGCGAUGCUCUCCUGUACCCUCACCUGUGACCUGGGGCCUGGCACCUGGUUUAAGGAUGGAGUCAAGCUCACCGCCGAGGAUGGCGUCAUCUUUGAGCAAGACGGUCUCGUGCACAGACUCAUCAUCGCCCAUGUGCAGGGGACCCAGGCUGGGAGGUACAGCUUCGUGGCCGGCAGCGAACAGAGCGAGGCCACCCUGACUGUCCAGGAUCCUCCCACCAUUGCUCCAGAGGUGACAGAGAAACUGAGUGAGCCACUGGUGGUGAAGGCCGGGAAGCCAGUGACCAUGAAGAUCCCCUUCCAGAGCCGUCUCCCUGUCCAGGCUGCCUGGAGAAAGGAUGGGGCCGAGGUGGUGGGCAGCAGCGGCAGGGGUGCCCAGGUGGCCCUGGGGGACAGCUACACACGGCUGUGCCUUCCCAGCGUGAGCAGGAAGGACCGUGGCCAGUACAGCGUGACACUGAGGAGCGAGGGCGGCUCCGUGCAGGCCCAGCUCACCCUGCAAGUCCUAGAUAAGCCUCGGCCCCCGCAGGGCCCUCUGGAGGUGCAAGAUUGCGGUCGGGCCGGCGUCUGCCUCCGCUGGCAGCCCCCGAGGGACGAUGGGGGCCAGCCCGUGGUGCACUACGUGGUGGAGAGGCGGCAGGCUGGCAGGAGCACUUGGCUGAAGGUGGCCGAGCCCCCCGCAGACAGCACCACCUUCACCGAUGCCCACGUCGAGCAGGGCAGGAAGUACACCUUCCGCGUGCGGGCUGUGACCUCUGAAGGGGUUGGGGAGCCCCUGGAGUCUCAGGAGGUGCUGGUAGCACCUGAGGCUCUCCCCAGGCCCCCUUCCGCCCCUGUCAUCGUGAAGGCCUCCAGCCAGGGCAUCACACUGACGUGGACGGCGCCUCGGGGCCCUGGCAGUGCCCACAUCCUGGGCUACCUGGUUGAGAAGCGCAAGAAGGGUAGCAACACCUGGACGGCCGUGAGCGACCAGCCCAUACCGGAGAGGAAGUGGACCGUGGUGGAUGUGCGGCAGGGCUGUCCGUAUGAGUUCCGGGUCACGGCCAUGGCUCCCUCAGGUCCCGGAGAGCCUGGGCCCCCAUCAGAUGCUGUCUUUGCUCGGGACCCCAUGAGACCCCCAGGACCCGUGCGAGACCUCCAGGUCACAGACACAUCGCACACCAGCAUCACCCUGAGCUGGGUCGGGCCGGACACGCAGGACGGGGACGAAGCCCAGGGAUACGUGGUGGAGCUGUGCGGCUCAGACAGUCUCCAGUGGAGCCCGUGCCACGCGGGCACCGUGCCGGUCACCACCCACACGAUCAAAGGGCUUCGGCCCCGGGAGGGCUACUUCAUACGGGUGACGGCAGUUAACGACGGGGGCCGCAGCCAGCCCACCGCCCUGGACACAUCAGUGCAGGCCAUGCCUGAGACGGUCUCUCCCAAGUUCCUCCUGGACUCCAGCAUGAAGGACUCGCUGACGGUCAGGGCGGGGGACACCAUCCGCGUGCCUGUCUCCUUUGAGGCGGCCCCCAUGCCCGAGGUGACCUGGCUGAAGGAUGGCCUGCCCUUGCCCAGAAGAAGCGUGACCACCACCAAAGAUGGCCUCACCCAGCUUCUGAUUCCUGCAGCCAGCCUCUCAGACAGCGGCCACUACGCUGUGGUGCUGAGGAGCCUGCAGGGGACAGAGGCCGCCUACCGCUUCCUCGUCAAGGUGGCGGCGUGCCCGCAGGCGCCAGGGCCCAUCCGCCUGCAGGAGAACACGCCGGGGACAGUGACAGCCGAGUGGGAGCCCUCCCCAGACGAGGCACGGGGCGGGCUGUACUACACGGUGCUGACACGCUCCUCGGCAUGUGGCUCCUGGCGUGAGGCAGCUGACCGUGUCCACACCAACCGCUUCACCCUCCUGGGCGUCCUCCCGGGCCAUGAGUACCACUUCCGGGUAGUGGCCAAGAAUGAGGCGGGGGCCAGUCAGCCCUCAGACACCAGCGAGCCCUGGUGCAUCCCUCGGCUGCGAGACAGGUUCGCGGUGAAGGCUGCCAGCUACCGCCAGCUGGACCUGAGCCAGAAGCCCCGGUUCCUGGUGGGCCUGAGGAGCCACCUGCUGCCGACGGGCUGCGAGUGCUGCAUGAGCUGCGCCGUGCAGGGCUCCCCUCGGCCCCACGUCACCUGGUUCAAGAACGACCAGAGCCUGGAAGGAAACCCUGCAGUGUACAGCACCGACGUGCUGGGCGUGUGCUCCCUCGUCAUCCCCAGCGUCUCCCCGGAAGACAGUGGCCGGUACAAGGCUGUGGCCGAGAACGUACUGGGCCAGGCUGUCAGCACUGCUGCCCUCAUCAUCUCAGAGUUUGAUGGGCACCCCGAGACACCCCCUUACCACGAGGGGGAGGCAGCGGUGGGCAGGUUGUCCCCUGCCAGGAAGAGGGAGAGGAAGCGGCCACUGUGCCUGAGCACUUACGGUGUGCCAUCAGCCACGUGGGAUCUGCUGCUACUCCACUUUGCAGGGGGACCCGCCCGGGGUUGCACAGCCCGCUCCGGGCAGAAACUCCCACUACCUCCCGGAAUGUCAGGUCCCGGUGGGCGAGGAGACCGGUAG